CGCUGUUUGACCGGAGCGCGCACAGUCCCGCUGUAUGACCGGAGCGCGCACACUCCCCGGCACGGAGCAGCUCUCUCUCUGUGAGCAGCUUUCCCCCUGUUAUUCGGUACCGGGUCUCCCGUGUGUAGAUGUAGCCGGUAACCGGAGCUCUCAGCGGCACUCUGCGGUCGCCUUUGCGCCAUGGAGGACUGCUGCUCCCCGGAAAGCGAGAGGAUGGAAGCGUGGCUGGACGACCAUCUGGAGUUCUCUCACUCCUACUUUAUCAGGAAGGCGUCAAGGGAGAUGGUGAACGCCUGGUUCUCUGAGCGAGUUCACUCCAUCCAGCAGUCUUCCUGCAAAGAGAAUCCUACACAGCAGCACUCCGGCCCCCCAUCUGCCUCCACAAUCCUCCCACCUACACUCCAGGACAGCCGCUGCCCGUCCCCCAUCCCGGCCCCCAUCCCGGCCCCCAUCCCGGCCCCUGGCACCCCCACCCGCAAGAUAUCAGCGUCAGAGUUUGACCGCCCGCUCAGACCCAUCGUGGUGAAAGACGCAGAGGGCUCUCUGACGUUCCUGAGUGAUGCCGACCGGGAGACGGUCCCUCUACGCGGCUCUGUGAUGGGCGAGGGGGGUAUCGGUGGGGGGGGCAGCGCGGCAGGAAGUGACCGCUGCGCCAGGCUGCUGGAGCUGGUGAUGGAUGUGUCCAGUCAUCUGGACGUGACAGCACUCUGUCACAAGAUCUUCCUCCACAUCAACGAGCUGAUCGCUGCAGACCGCUACUCCCUGUUUCUGGUGGGCGAGGACAGCUCCAACAGGAAGUUCCUGGUCAGCCGUCUGUUCGAUGUGGCAGAGGGGUCCACGUUGGAGGAGUCCUCCAGCAGCUGCAUCCGGCUGGAGUGGAACAAGGGCAUUGUGGGACAUGUAGCCGCCACCGGACAGCCGCUCAAUAUCAAGAAUGCUUACGAGGUAGGGUUUUCAAUUAUUUUCCAUGCGUGUUGA